AUGGCUCCUUCGAAGAACAUCCUCCUCCUCAUCGCCGACGAUCUCGGACGGGAGCAGAUGAGCUGCUAUGGGUGUAAGGCGUUGCAGACACCCGAGCUAGACAAGCUCGCGGCUUCUGGCUCGCGGUUUGACAUGGCCUUCGCUAGCACCGCCUCAUGCAGCGGCAGUCGGACUACCAUCUACACCGGUUUACACACUCACGAGAAUGGAAGCUACGGACUUGUUGGCUCGCGCAAUGGGUUCCAGACCUUCGAGAACGUCGAGACUGGUCCAGAGGUCUUUAACAGGAUCGGGUACAAGACAGGCAUCCUAGGCAAAAUCCAUGUCGCUCCGGCGUCCAAGUAUCCGUGGCAGACACGCAAGGAGGAUGGAUCGAGAGAUACUGCCGGGGUCGCAGACAAAGCAGAGGCAUUUUUUGAGGAAGCCAAGACUGAGAACAAGUCGUUCUUCUUGACUAUUGGGUACAUUGACCCUCAUCGAGUCCUAGCGACCCGUGGUGGGUUCGGUAAUGUGGAUGGCAAUUACGAUCCUCGCUUGAAGGAUCGCUUCUUCAAGCCCGAAGACGUUGAGAUUCCUCAGUUCUUGCAAGACAUCCCCGAAGUGCGACAGGAGCUUGUUGAGUACUAUCGGUCGAUCAACCGGCUCGAUCAAGGAAUUGGAAUGGUUCUUCAGGCGCUGGAUCGCACGGGGUUGGCUGACGACACCUUGGUGCUGUUCCUCAGCGACAACGGCCCGCCAUUUGUCAACUCGAAGACCACACUGUAUGAUGCCGGCGUGCGACUCCCGUUCUUGCUUCGUGUCCCGGGUAAGGCCGCUGGCGUUGUAAACACCAACAUGGUGUCUUACAUUGAUGUUUUGCCCACUUUCUUAGACUGGGCCGGGCACACCGACCUCCAGCCUCCCGAUGGGUCCGUGGGUCCUCGUCGCGGGCGGUCAAUCCUCCCCGUGACCGAUGCCUCCGCCGUCCAGACCGGGUGGGACCAUGUCUUCGGGUCGCACACCUUUCACGAGGUGACCAACUUUUGGCCGACACGAUACAUGAGGACGAGGCGAUACAAAUACCAUCGCAAUGUGUGCUGGAAGCUGGACUUUCCGUUCGCCAUGGACCUCUACGCUUCGCUGUCCUUUGAGGGCAUGAGGAACUCCGGGACCGAGUCUACGCCUGCAAUGAUUGGAAAGCGUGCACUAAAGAGUUACAUCUGCCGACCUCCUGAGGAGCUGUACGACAUCGAGCAGGACCCCGACGAGAUCCAUAAUCUCGCUACCAAGCAGGAGCACCAGGAGCGGCUGUUGAGCAUGCGCGCGGCGCUGGAGAAGUGGCAAGCAGACACGAAAGAUCUUUGGUUAUGGAGGGAUGGGAUGUCGGUACACAUCUUCAAGGAGUAUGACUACGCAAGAGAAGGGCUGAAGAUUCCGGAUCGGUUCGACUUUGAUGUUGACAACCCGGGGACCAAAGACGUGGCUGGGUACCCGCAGCGGUAG